CUGGCUUUGACAACGCAGCACUUGGUCGCCUCCGCAAACCAUGAGACCAUAUACGAUCCUUUGGAUGUACCUGGCAGGGACGAAGGAGGCGGGGGUCGUCAAGCUGCCGGGGGCUGGGCGCCUCAUGCUGAUGCCCACAGCAGCGGAUCCACGCGAGGGUUAGAGCAUGGUUGGGUUGGCACAACAUCAACAACAACUGGGUGGAGGUGGCUCGGUCCUCGCUGGGGAUCCUGCU